ACCGGAUAACAGAGAUGAACGACCUGAACGAUGCGGUGGAAGGGCUGGCACCGGAUGAUGAAGUGACAUAUCCGGACGGGCUCAACGCGCUCGAUGGAGGGUUCAAGGACGACGGCGAUGAAGACGGCGGCGCCGACGGUAUGGGCGGGUCGGGCAUGAACCCUGGCAAGCAACGGGGUGGGCGCGGCAAGGCCUCAUCUGCGAUUAAACCGUCGCCGGCGGGGACGGCCGCGGUGACGCCGGUCGUCGCGAGCCCGGCUUCGACCAACAAACGCAAACGCGUCGUCGUGUCGCUGUACCAGAAGCAGCAAGUUCUCCAUCGCCUUGACAACGGCGAAAAACCCGUCGACAUUGCCGCGCUCCUCGGUAUUUCCCGCCAACAGAUCUCGGAUAUCAAGAAGAACAAGGAACGAAUCAUGCGCUUUUGCGGAGAUGCGAAACACUUGGCUUCUUUGCGCCGAAAGACCCUCAAGGUCGCCGACGAUGAAGCGUACCCUGCUGUUGAACGUGAAUUGUACCGUUGGAUGGUCACUGAGAAGGUCCACCAGAAACCUGUUACCCACGAAGCGUUGCAUCAAAAGGCUGCGGAGCUCAUUGCGCAAGUGACCGGCAACACGCAAGCGUCCCUGAAGCAUGAAGACAGCAGCUCGUGGCCAGGAGUGACCCCUGCAUGGAUGAAGAGCUUCAAGAAGCGGUACGGCAUCAAGGAAAUGGCUGGCCCCAUGCCCACAUAUGACGUUGAGGAAGGCGCGAUCAACAUGGGUAUGCCUCUCGAGUCGAACGAAGAACUGAACCUCAACAUGAUGGGGAACGUCCACACGAACUUGAACACGCUCGGUGAAAUGGGAAUUUCGAUGGAGAGCGACAACCUGGGUGCCGCGUAUGGACAUAACCCGAAGGACCUCGCCGCAAAGUUUUCCGGCAUUCCACUCAACCCCGGCGUCCUCCUCGACGCAAUCCACAUGCUCAGCGGUCGUAUGGAUGCGUUGGAAGCGACGACACGAGAGCGCAUCGCGCAGCUGGACGCGCGGAUCGACGAUAUUUACAUGCUUGUGCACCCCAAGUUGAAGCUGAAAGACGGCGCGGCCAACCGCAGCGCGUACAAGGUUGUGUAGGAAUCCUAUUAACAUGCCGAAUUUUGAUCUUUGCGAGUGCGUCAUCCA